AUGAAUUCAGGGUCGAUACUCAAUGCGUAUUACGCCAGUUCUGCGCUCUCACCCUCUUCCCUGGCAAAAUGGGGUAUAUUUGGAUCCCCGUCACACAAAUCUAUCCUAGACGACGAUUCGCCCGUGAAAGUGGAUCUCUCGGAAGACAAUGAUGUGGUGAACCGUGUUCGGGCGUCGACGCCCCCCAUCCAUCGUCGCAAGCCGUCAAAGGAUCCGACACCUGAAGAGUGUGUUCGCCACCGAAAGACGAUGAAGCAACGGUUCCCAGAGGGGUGGAAUCCGCCACGAAAGAUAUCACGAGAAGCUAUGGAUGGGCUUCGUGAACUGCACCGGUUCGACGCAGCCAAGUUCAACACUUCAGUACUUGCUGAGAAAUUCAAAAUAAGCCCGGACGCAGUGAGACGGAUCCUGAAGGGGCGAUGGGAGCCUAGCAGAGAAAGGCGGAUCGAGAUGAGGGCGAAAGAGCGGCAGGGUACGGCCGAGUUUGUGAGACUGAGCCGGGUGAGGGAGAGACUCGAGGCUGAGAAGCUCUGGAGACAGAAGAAUUUGGGCGAUUCUCAUCUUACGCCGGCCCGCUCCGAUCAGAUUGGAGACGCGGUUGGUGUUGAUUCGAAGGACAGAUUCACCUUCGACUAG